AUGGACUACCAGUGCAUCGUCGUGUACACCAUCAUAACGAUAUUGCCGCCCGAUGAGCAGCGCAGGUACGACGAGUCGCGGUUUUCCGCUGCUCUCCGGGACGGCCCGGCCGACGGAUGUCUGGGCGUCGUUAAACGGUGGAUGAAAAGGUCUGUAUCUGCUUAUCUUCGGGCACUGGCAUUGAGCCCAACCAACGCUGUUGUGCAUGGGAAUUUGGCUUGUGUUUAUUAUGAACAGGGACUUAUCGAUUUAGCUAUUGAUACAUAUCGCCGUGCUAUAGAGCUACAACCCAACUUCCCCGAUGCCUAUUGCAAUUUGGCCAAUGCUUUAAAAGAAAAAGGACAGGUUGUAGAUGCUGAAGAAUGCUACAAUACAGCUUUGAAGUUAUGUCCAACACACGCAGAUUCUCUGAACAAUUUGGCCAAUAUAAAACGAGAACAAGGUUACAUAGAAGAGGCGACUGGUCUGUAUUUGAAAGCUCUGGAAGUUUUCCCCGAAUUUGCUGCCGCUCAUUCCAAUUUGGCUUCUGUUCUUCAGCAACAAGGCAAAUUAACCGAAGCCUUAAACCACUAUCAAGAAGCUAUUCGUAUUCAGCCUACGUUUGCAGAUGCCUACUCAAACAUGGGAAACACUCUCAAAGAGAUGCAAGAUAUACAGAAUGCUCUACAAUGUUAUUCAAGAGCUAUACAGAUUAACCCAGCAUUUGCUGAUGCUCACAGUAAUUUAGCUUCUAUUCACAAAGAUUCUGGAAAUAUACCAGAAGCUAUUGCCUCCUAUAGAACUGCUUUGAGACUAAAACCAGACUUUCCUGAUGCCUAUUGCAAUCUAGCGCACUGCUUACAAAUCGUGUGUGACUGGACUGAUUAUGAAUCUCGCAUGAAGAAAUUGGUUAGCAUUGUUGCUGAACAAUUAGAAAAAAACCGUCUGCCUUCUGUCCAUCCUCAUCAUUCUAUGCUGUACCCAUUAUCACACAACUUCCGAAAGGCAAUUGCCGGAAGACAUGCUGCACUGUGUUUGGAAAAAAUUCAAGUCUUGCAUAAACCUCCAUACAAGUAUACUAAAGAUUUGGCUCCUGGCAAUCGCUUACGUAUUGGAUACGUGUCAUCAGAUUUUGGAAAUCACCCUACUUCACAUUUAAUGCAAUCUAUACCAGGUCUCCACAACAAAGAAAAAGUUGAAAUAUUCUGUUACGCUUUAUCAACAGAUGAUACUACUACGUUCAGAUCAAAAAUCGCUAGAGAAGCCGAACAUUUUAUCGAUUUAUCAAAUAUACCUUGUAAUGGAAAAGCUGCUGAUAAGAUAAAUAGUGACGGUAUUCAUAUUUUAGUGAAUAUGAAUGGAUAUACAAAAGGUGCAAGAAAUGAAAUAUUUGCUCUGCGUCCUGCUCCAAUCCAAGUCAUGUGGCUUGGAUAUCCCGGCACGAGUGGUGCUCCCUUCAUGGACUACUUAAUUACGGAUAUGGUUACAUCACCUAUUGAACUUGCAUCACAGUACAGUGAGAAAUUGGCUUACAUGCCACAUACAUAUUUUGUUGGUGAUCACAGACAAAUGUUCCCUCACUUGAGUGAGCGAAUCAUUUUAUGUGAUAAGGUGACCUGCAGAAAAGAUAUGGCGGACAAUGUGGCCGUCAUAAAUGCUGCAGAUUUAUCGCCAAUUAUUGAAAAUACUAAUGUAACAGAAAUAAAACAAGUUAUCAUGUCUGAACUAACAGAUUCAAAACAGACUAGACCCGUUGAGGUUAAUUUUAAAUUUGCUGAAUUGCCAACUACUACACCUAUUGAAACUAUGAUUGCUUCUGGACAAGCACAAACUUCAGUAAACGGAGUUGUAUUACAAAAUGGAUUAGCGGUAGUAGACAAUGGCAAUAACAAAACAGCCACAGGAGAAGAAGUACCCCAAAAUAUUGUUAUUACUUCACGCCAGCAGUAUUCUUUGCCUGAAGACGCCGUAGUCUAUUGCAAUUUCAAUCAAUUGUACAAAAUAGAUCCAAACACUCUUCUUAUGUGGGUUAAUAUCUUAAAAGCUGUGCCCAAUUCUGUAUUAUGGUUGUUGCGUUUCCCAGCAGUUGGUGAAACCCAUAUUCAGAGCACAGCUGCUAGUUUGGGCAUUGAACCAGGCCGUAUAUUGUUUAGUAAUGUUGCUGCUAAAGAAGAACAUGUACGUAGGGGACAAUUAGCUGAUGUAUGCUUAGACACUCCUCUCUGUAAUGGCCAUACUACCAGUAUGGACGUGCUAUGGACUGGCACACCAGUUGUCACCUUGCCAGGAGAGACAUUGGCAUCCAGAGUAGCUGCGUCACAACUGGCAACGCUUGGAUGCCCUGAACUCAUUGCACGGACUAGAGAGGAAUAUCAAGACAUUGCUAUCAGACUGGGAACUGAUAAGGAAUAUCUGAAAACUAUGAGAGCAGAAGUCUGGCGAGCACGGUCUGAAAGUCCAUUGUUUAAUUGUUCAAUAUACACAAAUGGUCUGGAAAGGCUGUACAGAGCAAUGUGGGAUAAGAAUCACAAUGGUGAAAAGCCUGAUCAUAUACUUUCCCUAGAAAAUUAUUAA